AUGUAUCGUAAUCAAUAUGACAGUGAUAUUACAACAUUCAGUCCAUCAGGACGUAUUCACCAAAUAGAAUAUGCCAUGGAGGCUGUCAAACAAGGCAGUGCAGCUGUAGCUCUCAAAUCAAAGAAAUAUGCUGUAUUGGUUAGUUUAAAGAGAUCUAGUUCAGAGUUGGGAAGCUAUCAAAAGAAGUUAUUUGUUGUCGAUGAUCAUAUUGGUAUCGCCAUCUCUGGUCUCACUGCCGAUGCUCGUGUACUUUGCAACUACAUGCGUAAUGAAUGCUCAAACUAUAAAUAUAUCUAUGAAUCAGAUAUGAGAGUUGAACGUUUAAUUACAAAGGUUGCUGAUAAAUCUCAAGUACAUACUCAAAGAUAUGGUAGAAGACCAUAUGGUGUUGGUUUAUUAGUUGCAGGUUAUGAUCAAACUGGAGCUCAUGUAUAUCAAACAUGUCCAUCUGGUAACUAUUAUUCAUACAAGGCCAUUUCAAUUGGAGCAAGAUCACAAUCAGCAAAGACAUACCUCGAGAAAUACUUUGAUAGCUUUGAACAAUGCGACCUCAAAGAAUUAAUAGUACACGGCUUGCGUGCUCUUCGUGAAACCAUUCCAAACACUGACACUGGUUUAACCACCAAGAAUGUUUCCAUUGCUAUAGUUGGUGAAGACCAAAAAUUCAAGAUCAUCGAAGGUGAUGAUACCCAAGAUUAUCUAAACUUGAUCGAAAGUGGCGAAGAAGCUGCUCAACCAAUGCAACAAGAUUAA